CUCGCCCGGGGCUCACGCGCGUCUGACAGAGUGUUUUGUUUGCUUUUAUUCAAUAACAUUGUGAAAUUUUCUACAAAUAUCAACGAAUUCUAAUACAUGCGAUACCUGUGCGAAUAAGAUCAAAAAAUAAGAAUGGCAGAAACAACGCAAAAGAUAGAAGACAAUCCCAAGAUCCUCUCUGGGCCAGUUCUCACCAACUCGCCGAAUGCCGUGCUGUGCAAGACACUGCUGGGUCGCUACAAGGACUUGCCGAUACCUGAUGACAAGAUCCUGGUGACGUACGUCUGGAUCGACGGGAGCGGCGAGCAUAUGAGAUGCAAGGACCGCACGCUGAACUUCAUACCUAAAUCUCCUAAAGAUCUUCCAAUAUGGAACUUCGACGGCAGCUCGACGGGGCAGGCUGACCGGCAGAACUCCGACACCUACCUCGUGGCUCGAGCCAUCUACAAGGAUCCCUUCCGACGCGGCAACCACAUCCUUGUUAUGUGCGACACCUACAGAUACAACAUGGAGCCGACAACAACCAACCAUCGCGUGAAAUGUCAAGAAGCCUACGACAAGUGUAAGGACGAGGAGCCGUGGUUCGGCAUCGAACAGGAGUAUAUUCUGUUGGACGCUGAUUUGCGACCGUUCGGCUGGCCUCCAGGGGGAUUCCCCCCACCACAAGGCCCGUAUUACUGUGGAGUGGGGGCCAAUAAGGUGUUUGCGAGAGAUCUUAUUCUGGCACAUUACAGAUGUUGCUUAUACGCCGGCAUACCCAUAGCUGGUACAAACGCGGAAGCGAUGCCUUCGCAGUGGGAGUUCCAAGUUGGUCCAUCCAUUGGGGUCACAGCGGGAGACGACCUGUGGAUGGCCAGAUACAUCCUCCACAGGCUGGCAGAGGAAUUCGGCGUCAUUGUGUCCUUUGACCCCAAGCCAGUCCAAGAAUGGAACGGCUCGGGCGCCCAUACGAAUUUCUCGACUAAAAAAACCCGCGAUGAAAACGGGAUUAUUGAGAUUGAGAGGCUGAUAGACAAGCUGUCGAAGGUGCACAUGAAACACAUCCGCGUGUACGACCCGCGCGGGGGGAAGGACAACGAGCGGCGACUCACCGGCCGACACGAGACAGCCAGCAUCAAUGAUUUCAGCGCUGGUGUCGCCAAUCGAGGCAGCAGCAUAAGAAUACCGCGUCAUGUCGCUGAAGAGAAGAAAGGGUACCUAGAAGAUCGCAGACCAGCAUCGAACUGCGACCCCUACGCCGUGAUCAACGCGUUACUGCGGACAUGCAUACUGGACGAAUAAAACCCCUGCCUAUAUAUUAUUAUAUACCUACCUAUCACGAGAUAAGUAAAGCGGCAAAAAGCGUACAUUUUAAAAUUUAAAAAC